AUGACCGAGGCGCCGGACGCGGGGCCGUCGGUCGCCGCGGCGCUGCACGAGGACGCGGAUGGGCUCUUCGCGCGCUACUCGGUGAAGCAGAUGGAGGCGUAUAGUGCAGAGCUUGGCCGCGUCGCGCACGAAAAGCAACACGCGGCCCGCGCACUCGUCGGCGAUCGGUACCAGGAGCUGCUGGGCGUCGCCAAGACGGUCGUCAACAUGCAAGGCUCGCUCGCUUCGCUCCAGACCUCGCUCCAGGGACUGCAGAGGAAUGUAGGAGCGUACAGCGCGAGCGCUCGCACCCGCGCGCAUGCGCUGGAGAAGCCGGCAGGCGGCGCAGACGCGCCGUCGCUCGCCGUCGGCGCCUGCGUGCUCGUCGUGCUCGAUGCGCCGGCGCUCGCAGAGAGUGCGAUGCGCCGCGGCGCACUGCUGCUCUCUGCAUGGUGCGUGUGUAUCGGCAGAGGCGCCAUGGACUAUCUCGAGAAACACGCCCCGGAUGCCGCCGUAUUUUCCGAAUGCAGCGCGGCGGAACGCAGCCGCCUACGCGCGCACACCGCCCUCGUGGAGCGGGCGACACAGGCGCUCGGCGCGGCAUCGACAGACGACGUGCGUCAGGCGCUCGCGGCGCUCAUUGUGCUGGGCGAGCAGACGCCGAGCGAGGCGCUCGCCUACUUUCACGCCCAGCGCUACGCGCAGAUCCGGGGUGUGUUACGGGCCGAGUCGGGCGACGCGCUCAACGGCAUGCAGGCUGUCGCCGCGUGCUACACCUCGACGCUCGCCCAGACCGAUGCCGUGUUCCGCUCGCACACCGGUCCGACGUCGCUGCUCGAGACGCUGCGCAAUGCGGCCGAGCCAGGGACGCCGUCGCGCUUCUUUGCGCUCGGCGCGCCGCUCCUUCACGCAGGCCCGCGCGCGUCCGCGGUCCUCUAUGGGCACCUGCCGCUCGAGAUCACCGCGUAUACCCUGCCGCCCCCGACGCCCGUGCCGGCGGCGGACGUGGACGAAGCCAGUACGGCGUGGGCCGACCGCGUGUGCGCCAAGGUCGAUGCGCUCGCCGCACUCCUUGCGCCGGUCGACGACCUGGACGCCGUAGCAGAGUGCCGCGCGGCGCUGCACACGACGAUGCAGACGCACCGCGAGCGCCAUUCGCUGCGUGCGCUCGACGCGCUGCACACGCGCUUCGCCGCCCUCCUCGACCAGCGUGCCGUGGAGCUCGUGCAGCAGACGCUUGCUGCGGCUACAAAAGCGUUUGCCUCGGCGGCCGAUGCCGCGCUCGCCGCGCAAGGCGACGAGCCGCUCUUUCCGCCGCGCAAGAGCGACGCGCUCGACGCGGUCGUCGGCCCUCUAGCGACGCAGCUCACUACGGCCGCGCGGCACACGCGCACGUACGGCCGUGCGGCGAUCGAGCCACUGUCGCGCACAUGCGACCAAGUCGCGAGCCACCUCGCAAAAGAGACGGACGAUGCCGCGGCGCUCGGCUGGCUUCUACGUCUAUGUACGCAUCUCCAGCAGCGUGUCGACGGCCUGGACGAGGUCGCGCCGCUCCUUGCGCGCCUCGCCGAGGUGCGCGCCACGCUCGCGCAGCGCUGGACCGCUGUGCACGUCGCCCGCGCCGUAGCCGCCGGCGACGCGGCGCCGCGCGACGAUGCGGUGCCGUCGCAUGCGCUCGUCACCGCGCUGCGUACGCUCGGCCACGCCCAUCUACGCCUCGGCACGGACGCUCCCCGGGAUACCCUGCCGCGCCUCGACGAGGCGUGGCGCGCAAAGCAUCCCGCCGACGCUCCGUUUCUCGACCAUCUCGGCGGCGCGUCCGCCCCGCCCGAGAUUGCGGCCGCGGCCGCGCGCCUGCGCCUGGUGCUGGCGCCCUGGACGCUGAACGCACGCUCCUCCUCGACCGCGCCCCGCACGCACGGCCUGCGACUCGCCCGCGUCGCGCCGCGGUUUGUCUCUUUGUAG